UUUUAUUUUAUUUUAGAAUGAUUAAAUAAUACAACUUGGCCACUACCAUUUUAGCCAAAUUGACUGCAACUUUUUUUGCAAGAAUAAAUAUCAGGAACCCAUAAACUACAUGCCAUAACUUGAAGGGAUUGGAUCGGAUUGAUUUCGAUUCAACACAAGGGAUUGAAAUUAGACUGUAGGUUCUUCUUAUUCCGAUUCGAACCGAUUUCCAAUUUUUUUCCCUUGAAGCAUUGAAAAUUUUUUAUUUAUUUAAAGGAAAUUUUUUAUUCUCAAACGAUUUCGAAAUGAUUUUAAUUCAAAUUAAACAAAUUCAAGUCAAUUUUGAUUAGGUUUUAGGCAAUAUUAAACCGAACCGAUUUCCUGCCGAAGUGGACCGUGGGCAGGUCCUAGUCCAGUACUACUUUAUAAACCUAAGCACCAUCACUCUUCCAUAGCCUCACUCUCCGUGAUGUGGCCGGGGUGGUUGAGAUCACCAGGUAGGGCUUACAUCUCCUCCAAACCACCACCAUCACCAAUGCACUUCUCUUGCUCAUCCUUCAAGGAUAUCAAUACCCUUCUCCUAGAAGAACCUCAAAAUGAAUCCAAAUCCGAACCCCAAUCCCCCAGAAGACCAAGACCCUGCAUUUUCCACCGGGUCCGAAUCGCCACUUCACUCCUCCACCACCGCCACCACUCAAAAACAUCCAUCAUUUCACCACCUCCUAACCAUGGUUACCACCACAUCACCCUCUACUUCACAAGUCUCCGCAUUGUCCGCAAGACAUUUGAGGAUUGCAGGACCGUCAGAUCAAUCCUCCGUGGAUUACGCGUCCCAGUCGAUGAACGAGAUUUGUCCAUAGAUAGUAGGUACCUAGACGAGUUACAGAGGAUCUCAGGGUCCAAAAAGGUGAGCUUGCCUGUAGUUUUUAUCGGAGGCAAACAUGUUGGUGGGGCCAAGGAGAUCAAGGAGAUGAAUGAAAGUGGAGAAUUGAGGAAGCUGAUUGGUGGGUUACCGUUUGUAGAAAACAGGGCUGAGAUUUGUUCUCUGUGAACAGUGCAAUGGCAGCCAUGAGAUUUACUCGGAGAAGUCGGGUUUAGAACUUGCACAUCUUGCAAUGUGAACGGCAUGAUUAGGUGUGGCCUAUGUUUUCCGGUGGACCAGCUACCUUGACAAUAUAGCCCUCAAUUUUACAAUAAGAAAGAGGAAAAGAAAAUAAUAGAAUGGUAUUAGCAGUUUUUUUUUUCUUUUUUCUUUUUUCUUUUUUAAGUUAUGGAAAUGGAAAUAUUUGAUGGGUUUUAAUUCUAUUUGUUAGAUGUUUAUAGACUUAGCAACAAGAUUGUAAUGGUUUGUUAUUGAGUAUUAUUUGUGAAACUUGUAUUAUUUUCCUAAUGAUGAUACCAUUUAGGACAUUUUAAUUGAA